CUACUUAUUGUUAGUUUUUAACAACAGGUGUAAAUGAAAACCUAACAUUCUGUACCUAUGAUCAUUUUUGUAUAGAAAACGCUUGGUAGGACUUACACAUUGUUACACAUUGUCGAGUACUAUAACUUGUACGAACUUAUGAAAUAAAUUCUGUCCUAUAGUAAAAUAAAAUUUAGCGUUUCAUGGCAAUCAAUAACUUUCUAUUCAGAAGGUUUUUAACACGCUGAUGAAUAUUAAUGUGUAAAAUACAACUAUAGAGGGUGUAAAAGAGCGUUACAGAAUUCCCCCUCUUGAGGCAUGUCAUGGACGAAAACGCCUAUACGUAGAAACGUAUGGCUUCUAAGUAUAGUUAGUAUAUUGUGGGUGAAGGUUAGGAGCUGUUAAACGAUCAAACGUGGGUUAGGUGAAAAUAACAGCUCCUGUCACAAUGUAGUGUGUAAUAAUGUUGUUGUGAUAUUAUAACAGCGAAUAUAAUCGAUAUAAGCAUAAAUUUCAACAUCCGUGUAACACCACGGGAUACAUGGAUGUUGCGAACGGACAAAAGCCCCUCGGUGGGCAACCUUCUGCCACUAGUGGUUCAACAAUGGAUAAGGGGAAAGAGUGGCAGAUGGAGUUGCUUAUGGAGAAAUUACGCUCUAAAUCUUCCUCAUUUAAAUCUUUGGUUGAAACUGCCAAAAACUUACGCAUGGCUAUGCUGGAUAAGAGGUUUGCAAUAGAUAGUGCAGAAAAGAGUCAACUGCAGAAAUGUUUAGAUACCUUGCAACAUUCCAUAAAAGUAACAUCUUUGCAAUCUAUGGUGGAACGCUUGGAGAGUUUAACAAGGCAGUUGGGCUUAAAGUUUAUGAUGUCUGGUCCACCAGGUACAGAGUUGUUUAUCUCCUCUGAUAUGUUCUUUUUGGAAGUUCUUUUGGAGCCAUCCGGUAUAGUUAAAGAUGUUAAAAUUCAUCAUGAAGGAAAGAAUGAGCAGCAGAGCUGUGAUGUGUUGGUCUCUUGCUUGUCGCGUGGAGACUUCCUUGAUUUUACAGUACAAUUAGAAGGUUUAGCAUCGAUAUAUCAAUUAAAUGCUGAUAAAAAGGUAAAGUGUAAAGCAUUUAGUGCUUUACAAUCACUGGAAGCUGAUCUGGGUAUCUUAGCUCAAUUGCAAACGUUUAUAAAAGAACCUUUUAACCUUGUUCAUAAAAGCCCAGUAGGAAUCCUUGAGCGAAGAAGAGGAGGUCACGCGAUGAAACUGACGUAUUUCGUUUCUCCUUAUGAUUUAAUAGAUCACGAGAAUCGUACCUGUGAUGCGUUGAGUUCGGAAGUAGUUAUCAAACGAAAGAUCGGCCAUUCCGUGACAGUUUGUAUGGAAGGUUCGACCGCUCAUAAGUUGCCUACAUCUAGUAUCAUAACUGUAAAUAGAAGUCCAACAGGAAAAAGUACUCCAUCUUAUGCUCCUUUAACUGGUACAAAUUCAUCGGUACUGCCAGCUUGCUUCGUACUGAAGCUAGCCAAGAAAAUGCCAAUGUGCAUGGAACUAGUACGUAGAAUACAGAAAGUGACAGAGCUCGAAUGCGGGGAUAUAUCUGCUCCUCAUCCGUUACUUAGUCUGAUUAUUCAGCAUGCCAGUGAAGGUCAAUUAGAUUGUCGAAACAACAGAGGGCUUUACGUGAGUCUGCCAGAUCAACAGCACUGUUACUUCAUGACGGAGAACAAAAAUUUGGAGGGUGUGUUAGUAUGUAGCAUUCCCUUCACUCAUCCGGCUCACGUUCCCCAAAUUUUGGUAUACUUGAGACAGCAAGCGCUUUUCAACACUUUGAUUAGCAGUUGCGUUAGACCGAUGGCUCGGCAAGAUCCAGAACACGCGACGAUAUUCGAAGUGAGCGCUUUAUCGUGGCAACACAUAUCGGUAAGUCUGGAGCAUCCCUUCGAGGAGACAAUGGCAACAGCUGAGCUAGACUUGACGGAUAUUUCCGCGCUGAAGUGUAAAUUAUACGGCAUAAGUAUAACGAACACGGAACAGACGUCUGAUUUGACUGGAAAAGUCUUACAAAAGUGUCUGAGUAUACCUUUGACGAUGAGGAUACUUAUGAAAUCAUGGGAGAGCCGCGACGCUUUAAGCACUAUGACGAAUAUGAACAGUGGAAAUGGAAAUUAUAACAUAAAUCUCGGCUCUGGCAAAGAUCAGAACAAUCAGAAUGGUUCGGGGAUGCCUGAUUUCACGAACGGAGAAACCAAAAUCAAGCAAGAACCCGGUUUGAAUAAUGGUAACGGAACGAUGGGGAGACAGCAGUCGUCGCAGCAGCAGCAGCAGCAGCAACAGCAACAGCAGCAACAGCAGCAGCAGCAGCAGCAACAACAACAACAGCAACAGCAGCAGUCUUUUUUAGAUGCCGGAACGGAGAAUAGUAUCGGUUUUCCGUCAUAUUCCGGCCAAUCCGAUACCACAACUGCGAUGUUGAAUCCUCUGCAACUAGGAGCUUUGCUUGGGCAAGCAAAAAACUCCUUGUCAAAUCCUUUAAACGAGCGUCCCAAGAAAACGCGUAAAAGAAAAACGGCGGACGGUAUUUGGCGUAGUCCGAAACGAAAAGGAGACGAGAGUGCUGAAAUAUUGUUAGAGAGUUCCAGUUCAGAUUCGACGCCUCUCGGUACGCCUACUGGUGGCAGAGAAAAUUUAAACGAAACUAGAACGUCCACGCCGACUUCAGCCACGAGUUUAACUAGUGGUUUAGAUUUUUCUAACUUAGAUCCCACCGACAUCUUGGGAACGGAUAAGAGUUCCGACUACGAUAUCGACAACGAGAGCGAAAUAACGGAGGUUCACGAUUUGCAAGACGUCGAAGAGCUGAUCAAACGUGAGCGCAAGUCGAGGAAAAGGGAAGAGAAAAAGAGUCCGAUUAUAUUCGAAGAGAACAAAAGUCUAGUGCCGCCGUCAGUAAGUAUAACGCCAAUUUCAAGCAGUAGUUUGGGUCAAACUACAAACUAUAACUCUGUACUUACGGGGAUGGGUUUGGAAAGGAGGCCAGGAAUUGAAAUAAUACCGAUUACGUCCUCGCCGCAAACCACUUUACCGAAUUCUAUCACUAUAACUCCGAUAGCCGGGCCGACACAGUCGAAGAGUCUGACAGACGAGCGUAGGGAACGAAAAAGUUCCAAGGGAAAGUCGACCGAGGAUAAGGGAAAGUUGGAAAAGAGGCGUAAGCGUAAGAGAGAAGACAGUCCUAUGGGACCGCCGCCGGAUAAGAUACCGUCUAAACAGGACCCUCUAUCGAAACCAGUCUCGGUGAGCAUUAAACCGACCGAAUCGCCGCCGAGUUUAAGUUCGAGGCCAUCUUCGCCGGCGACAACGUUAAGAAAAUUUAGCCCCUCUCCGACGCAUACCAGUCCACUCGCUCUCGUAGGUAAGUCCAGUCCUACAUUGAAACAGUCAACAAACAAGCCAGUGCAAAGUCCAAAGCACUCUCCGGUCUACAGCAGUAGUCCCAAGCAUACGCCGGUGCCUGCGAGCGUGAGCCCGAAACAUGGUACCUCGUCACCGAAGCACGGAAGUUCGGCGAGCACCGGCAAGCCGAGUAUGUCUGCCCUGAAAUCCGCGGCGAAUUCACCGUCGAGCAAAACCACCGAUUCCGGACAAUCGAAGAUAAAGUCGUCCUCUUCGUCGUCGGGCAAAGAUUCGAAUCGCGACAAGGAGAGAAAGACGUCAUCGUUAGCCUUCGGUGGUUCGAGCGGUCACCAGAGUCCUAAAACAAAGUCCUCCAGCGGUAAGUUGAAACAACUGGAAUUAAUUCCUAGCGGGGAGGCGCAGUCGACGUUGCCCAGCAGCGGUGGUAGCACACCGCCAUCCGGAAGUUCAGAGCUAGGCAAGUCGGCCAUCGCUCAGCAGCAGGCGAAGAAUAAGAAAGGAUCGUUGAACGCUGUGAUCGAUAAGCUGAAGAGCGCUCAAAACUGUACAGAGGACAAUGGUAACAGCGGAACUAAUCCUUCUACGGGUGGAAGUGGUACUUCCAGCGGUCAGAAGGAGAGAAACGUUGGAAGUUCGUCGAACAAAACUGCGGAGGGGAAGUGUAUCAGUAAAAAUUCUUCGAUGGACACGAAGAAUCCUGCGGAGUACAUGGUGAAGCACAGUUCCGAUGGGAUGAAGAUAACGAUCAAUAAAACUCGCACAAAGGACUCAAAGUCUGGCACCAAUCUGAAACUGUCUUCGUCAUCGGCGUCUGUCGCGACCGGAACUUCUUCGGGUACCUCCACCUCGUCGACUUCCAUGUCGGGUAACGGUUCGCCGAAAACGCACACUGGCUUGAAACCAGGAGUGAGUUCUGGUCCCGCCUCGAAGAAGCCUCCAUCUCAGACAUCCCCAAAACUAUCUGGAUCUUCGUCUUCCGGUUCUGGAAGCAGUAGCGGAGGUAAAGCAACGUUGCUAGGACAAAAGAUGCUGUCAACAUUAAAAACUAUCUCCGGAUCAAAUUCUGGAAGUGGUAACGGUGCCGGGGGGAUCAACGUCGGUGGCAGCGGUAGCAGCGGAUUGCUUUCGAAAGGUGUCAUGUCUUCGAAGUCUUCUUCGAGUUCCCCAAAGACAGCCGGUUCCGGUGUGACGGAUCUCAGUCGAAACCGUGACAAGUCUCGGCUGUCGAAGUCUGCCGAUAAAAGUAUAUUUCCUUCGAAGGGGAUCGGGGACAGUAGAAAAUCGAGUCCUUUAGGACUGCGGGAGGAAAGCGAGAGCGAAAGGGCGUUCAAGUUGCUGGCUGCUCACGCUUCCAUGACCAAUUUGUCGAAUCUACCCAGUCUACCACCGCAGUUGGUCGUCGAAGGUCUCAUGAAGCAAUUAGACACUAAAUUUCAAAUCCCCAAAUUAUCCGCUAGAGCCAAUACGGAUUCCACCGACAAGAAAUCGGACAAGCUAUCCAUGCUACCGGACAGUGGGAAGACUUUGGACAAUCUUGCGACUAAGCAAACGACGGAACAGGGAAAGUUACAAGCGUUAUCGAAUACCUCGUCGACUGUCUCUAAAACGAGUUCGGAGGAGCAAUCGAACCAGGGUAGACGGGAUCAUGUACAAACGAAGCCUGACAAUCUUUCAAUGACAAGCGCCGCCUCGGUAAUUAACUUGGGCACGGACAGUACCAGUAACCUUCUUCUGCCCCCGUUAUCUAGCGGUAGCUCGCACGAUAUGGACAUUCCUACGAACUUGUCUAUGCAAUCAAGCGAAAACGAGUCUCGUGACGCGUGCAAGGAGCCAUCGAUGAGUAGGAGUAACACGCAGUUUCUGAGUAGCAGCUUGAACUCCACCGCCGCUGGGAAAGACGAAAACAGUGGCAGUGGUCCGGUAAUGGCCGUUCUACCAAAAGGUUCUGACGCGCAGUCUACUAGCAAAUCCGUGUACCCUACCAUGAUGACGACAGGUACGAUAACGAGCGAGAACGUAACGAACGCAACGAGCUCUGGCAAUGGUAGCUCGGAGAGUUUGAAUCUGAGUAUCAAGCCGGUUGAUGCCACCAUGACCAAGUACAAAUCCGACGAGAAGAAGCAGCAACAGCAGCAACCACAGCAGCAGCAGCCGUCACAGUCGCAACCACAGUCGCAACAGCCACAACAGCAACAACAGCAGCAAGUCCCGUCUUCCGGAGGAUCCUCGAGUUCCUCUUCGUUAGGAUCGGUCGUGUCUUCGGAGGGUUCAUCAGGCACGAUGAAAACGAGCGGUACAGAAAUACCGUCGACCACGUCUCAAGAGGCUGCCGAGAUGUUGUUGGAUUUUUCAACGCCGAAAGACGUGGCCAAGAGCCUGACCUUCACCAGCAUUCCCGAGAGGGCGAUGACCCAGGCUGCCUCGGUGCGCAGGAACACCCCACCGCCACCUCCUCCUGCCUUUCCCGCCAGUCCUUCCGUCAGUGUCCACAUCGUGAAGAGUCCUGCACCCUCGCCGAGGGUUAUACCGCCCUCGCCCCACUCUGCCUCGCCCUGCAUCACCGACGACGAGCUGAUGGACGAGGCACUCGUGGGAAUGGGCAAAUGAAGGUUACUGAAACUUUAGAUUUAAUUUUAUCCGAGGAUUUUUGCAGGGUGUCCUGAAACGGUUAACUCGUAAGAGCCUCUUCCGCAGUGGAACCAGUUCAUCUUCAACUUUUCUCGUGGACGGGGACUUCGAUGUUUUUAACUUACCAGUGGACGAAAAGAUUCUUUUCACCGAAAGUUGGGUGAAUUUGGUUGAAUCUUUUUGUUCUAACUGGUGAUCGCUUUGGGUGGAUUUGGGUGAGAUCGAUGUUCUUAAUAUCAAUAUUCUAAAUAUUUCUUUUUAUUCUCCAUAUUAAUAAUAAUCGUCCUCAGUAACGAAAGGGUUAAUAGUAUUACGAACAAUUUGGAACAAAUUUUGGCAAUUUUUAUGUGGAAAAUCUUAUUUACGAAGGUCUGGGGUUAGCCAAUUGCACGAGUGUCCAAUAAACGUUCAAAUUUAAUUAUUUAAAAAUUACUUAAUUUUGCACAUAGAAUCAUCUUUUGAAUAUUAAUUUUCAAGAAAAAUUAUUAAAAUCAGCAAUUCUGUUCUAAGUUAUAUAUUUUAGCAUUUGAUCCGUGUGUUCUAACGAUUAACAAAUAUUUAAUGGACACUCUGUAUAUUGUUAAGACUUUUUCACUUCUCCUGCAAUGUCCUGCCGAAUACUAAUAUAGUUUGCGUCUUCGUGUGCAAAUAUUUAGUAAGUUCAGUUUUUUUCAUAGGUAGGGAAAUAAGAAAGAAAAUUAGGAGAGGCGAAAAAUUAGUAUCUGUUUCAAAGGUUUUCUCUACAAAGUCAAGGGGCAAUUUAAACUUCUCUAUGUGUGUAAUUAAAGUGAUUCAUUAUUAUAAAUAAAAUUCGUAUGGCGUGAUAGGAGGGACUCGAGGCUAGCAAUAAUUGAUCGAUUGUUUAUAGAUUUUUAAAGUGGCAAGAGAAGGAUAGAGAGAAAGUAAAUGGUAAAUGAUUGCGACGUAUGAGAAAUAAAUAUAGGAUGAAUACAUAUGAGUUAUUUUCGAUAGAAAUCCAUGUUGGACAAUAUUUAUGGAGAUUCCGUGGAGUGGAGUGGAUGUUAUUAUAUACAUGUGAUAAUUCUUAAUUAGUGUAUUUCAUGUACUAAAAUUAAAUACUGAAAGUUUUAAAUAGAAAACUUCGAUAUAUUGGGAAAUAUUAUCUGAAAAAUUUAAAAAAUAGAAAAUCAAAUUUAGGUGGUCUGUUCCCUGAGGAUUUUUAUGAAUAAUUUUAAUAGGAACAGUGUGAAAUUUAAAAAAUGAAGAUAAUAUGAAAUACAAAAUUAAAUUAAAAUUAAGGCCGCUGUCCGAAGGUUCACCAAAUGCUUCAACUUGAACUAGUAAAAAUUAGUAUAGCAUCCUUUAAUAUAUGAGGGUCGUAUACAUGAAAUACACUGUUUCAGAAGUAUCAUGGAUAUGGAUAGUUUUUAUUCGAGGAUGAUUAGCCAAUUAUCGAGUCCUUUAUCCUUAACUUCCUGUUCUUGUACUCGCUCCAAUCGUCCUUCCUGGUAAACGAAAUUCUUCGCCGCUAUACAACGAAGAAAGUCGGUACUUGCGUUUAUUCCACAUUUUCGAACCGGUAUCUCGUGUAAUUAAUUUAUUCUAAAACCGUGUGAUUAUCAAGGAUUAAGCAGACUUAAAAGCCGAUCAAUACGGAUUCAGUUUACGACGUUACAAAUUUUUAUUCUCACGUUGAAACGAAAGUUUUUGGCUUGAAAUUAUAGAAAGAUCGCAACGAAAAAUAACUGAGCUUAUGGAAGUUUUAUCGCGAAAAGCCUGACGUUUUAUUUGAAUUGAUUCUUCGUAAAAAAGGUUUAAUCGCGCGAUGAAGAUUCUCAUUCGAAGGAAGUAGUGGAAGGGAAGAUGUAGUAGGUACCAAGUGCCAAGUAGGGAUAAAAAAACGAUUUUCAAAGAUGGAACUUCGAUCCUUUGUAAUUUAACACAUGGCGUAGAGUUACUUAUUGUGCGACGAAUCCUACACCUUUAGACAUACGACCUUUACAGUUCAGGAAUCUAAAAAUUUUUCUAUCGUAUAUCCUUAUUUCUACAUUGGACAGCAACAUUGACAGAAUAUACAUAAAUUUCUCCGAAGACGCAUCUGGUGUGUCAUUGAUUAUCUUGAAUGACGCAUGUGCGUCGUCGACUUAAAAUUUCUUAAAGUACAUUUUCUUUGAACAUCCUUAACGAAAGAGCCAUAUUUAUAAAAAUCGGUGUAACGAAGGAUCGAAAUUCUAUUUUUACAAAAAUGGAUAAGCUAUCUUUGUACAAAUUAGAUGAAAAUGUUUUGGUUUAAGAAUUGAACGAGUUGUUCGAUGCUUAAAUCAGAUAUAAUGAAAAGGAACAGGCACGAGAGUAGACGAAUAAAGGGAGUUAUAUGUCUGUUGUUGAAUAUUAAAUGAAUUACCAUCAAUGAUUAUGUAUCAUUACUUUUUACGUGUAAAUUGAUAAAAAUUGUAUUUUCUAAAGGGAGUACCGUAUCGUAGGCAAUACCGUGCUUCGACGUAAAGAUUUCUCUAGUAAGAAAAUUGUCUGGUGCUCCCCGGGGAAGAAUAUGAUUUAUUUUUUCAAUACUCACGAUCGUGUACAUAGAAUUGAAGACAGGUUUACACCUCUGUGAACCGUGCUAGUAGUAAUUAAAGAGUGACAAAGAUUGUAGCUGAUGAAUACUUUAAUGAGAAAUAGGGAAGAGUGAUUAUUGAAUCGUAUUUUCUAAUUAUUUAUUACGAACUGUACAAAUUUUGCUUUCCCAUCGAAUACAAAAUUUCAAUCUUGCAUUAACAUUUUUGGACUUUCGUAUUUCUGUUUUCUUUAGAAUUUACACUUAACAUUUCGUUUUGUUUUAUAGAACGUUAUCCCUUUUUUUAAAAUUAGGUUUAAGAAUAAGAUCUGCUAGAGAUCUUUGAUUAUAAUUGAAGACACUAGUAAUAAAUUGAUUUUUGAGUUGCUUUUUUUAAAUAAAAAAUUUCAAACAAUACAAAAGAAUAUUAUUACUUUUUCAAAAUUUCUAAAAAAAUUUAAUGCUAUAACACCCGAAACUCAAUUAUAAAAAAAAAUUAAUAAGAAACUGUUAACCACCAGUGUCUUCAAUUUCUCUGAUGUUCAAAUUGACGUGUUUUAAUUUUCUCGUUGAAAGAAUAGGAAAGAAGUUACAAUUGUACAGAGAGAUAAAAUGGGAUGGGAUCUUAGAAUAGAUGUUGCGUGAAAUUCGGUGAAAUUUCAUGCAACCCAUGGAAUACAUUUAUUUCUCUAUGAGAGUUACAAAUCUAUGAACGAAAUUAUGUAUAAAUGUAAUCGUAUUAGCGCGUGUAUGUACAUUUAAGCAUCGACUUGUAUAGAGAAAGAAGAAAUAUAUAUACGAUUAUAUAUAUAUUAUAAAUAAUUAUCGACGACGAGUGUCUUUGAAUUUUCAAGACACGUAUGUAAGCCUUGAUAAUAAAGACAAUGUCUUUUUUCAGAAUCGUCA